AUGCCCUCACUACGCACCAUCCUCCACAAAUGCGACGACCUCAGCACAACCCAGCCACCCCAAAAUGCAGCAGCAACACCCCAGGCACCCAAGUUGAUGCUCAUCCGUACAGACACCCAUACCCGAGAGAUAAUCAUCCCUCCAUCUAACCCACAUGACCCGUCCCCAUACCUAUCAUCACCAACUCAAGAAGAGUCCACUUCUCCGCGCCGGAGCUUCCAGCUCUUCAGCCGCUCCCCAAGACCCUCCUCUCCAUCCUCGCAAUCCCCGCCACGUCGUGAGCACCGUCUCUCAAACCUCCUCCAUCUCGACUCCCGCAGUCGCAGUGGAUCGCGUGAUUCCUCCGCUAAUAUUCCCGCGGACCUGCCUCAGAUAGAUGAUGAUCGCGGUACGAGCAAGCAGGAGCGUGAGGCGUUGUGGGAGGCUAGGGCUACUGUGCUUGUGCAGCAGAAUCCGCAGUUUGCACAAUCUGGUUCGUCCUUGCCGGGGCGGCAGGGCGAAGGAGAAGCGUCACUGAGCUUGGGACCGGGGCUGGAGCAGACUAGAUCGAGGAGCUCGAGCCAGACUCGGGUUGGCAUGGAUCCGAAUGAAGAUAUUAAUAUCCAAGAGGCUAUUCGGCUGCAUGAAGCUGGUGAUCUCGAGCGGUCAACUCACAUGUUCGGACAACUUGCCGAUCCAAAUGGCGCAAACAAUCCCUUGAGUCAGGUUCUUUAUGGCCUCGCACUACGACAUGGAUGGGGCUGCCCUGUAGAUCCCGCACGUGCUGUAGCCUAUCUCUCUGCCGCAGCAUCCAAUUCCGCCGCGGUCGAAGCGGAGGCCCUCCGUGCCGGCGUCAAGAAAGGAGGGGUUGCAAAAGGCGAGCUCGUUUUGGCCAUGUUCGAGUUGGCCAACUGCUUCCGGAACGGGUGGGGUAUAGCAAAAGACCCUCCUGCUGCUAGGCAGUACUACGAGACUGCUGCGAAUUUGGGUGACACCGAUGCCAUGAAUGAAGCGGGCUGGUGCUAUCUUGAGGGAUUUGGGGGUAAGAAGGACAAGUUCAAAGCGGCUAAGUAUUACAGACUUGCCGAGGAGAAUGGGUGCCCUACUCUUGGGAACUCCUGGAUCUGGAAAGACAAGUACAACCCGAAGUAG